AUGAAUAGUAUUGUUAGAAAGUCAAUAACUACAUUAGUAAAUGGUGCAACGACAGGCAAUCGUUUGUUGUCCAAUGUAGCCAGAGGAUACGCCACACUGUCAACACCAAGCAAUGACAAUGCCACUACAAACAUACAACCUAUAUAUUUGGAUAUGCAGGCUACUACACCUGUUGACCCUAGAGUAUUGGAUGCAAUGCUACCACUCUAUACAGAGAGCUAUGGAAACCCUCACUCAAAGACACAUGCUUAUGGAUGGACUUCGAAUGAUUUCGUCGAGAAUGCUAGAGAUCAGGUGGCCAAGUUGAUCAAGGCUGACCCAAAGGAGAUCAUCUUCACUUCAGGCGCGACAGAGUCGAACAAUAUAUCGAUCAAGGGUGUGGCCCGCUUCUACAAGGAGAAGAAGAACCACAUUAUCACCACGGUCACCGAGCACAAGUGUGUGCUGGACUCGUGUCGUCAUCUCGAGACCGAGGGCUUCAAGGUGACCUAUCUGCCAGUGCAACCCAAUGGACUGAUCGACCUCAAGCAGCUCGAGGCAGCAAUCACACCUCAGACUGCGCUGGUCAGUGUGAUGGCGGUCAACAAUGAGAUUGGUGUCAUCCAGCCUCUCAAGGAGAUUGGCAAGCUCUGCCGUAGCAAGGGCGUCUUCUUCCACACCGACGCCGCACAAGCUGUCGGCAAGAUCCCACUGGACGUCAACGACAUGAACAUUGACCUGAUGUCGAUCAGUGGCCACAAGUUGUACGGCCCAAAGGGUGUUGGUGGACUGUACCUGCGACGUAGACCCAGAGUCAGAAUCGAGGCGAUCCAGUCAGGUGGUGGCCAGGAGCGUGGCAUCCGCUCUGGUACCGUGCCAGCCACGCUGGUAACCGGAUUCGGCGCAGCCUGCGACAUUGCACUGGCAGAGAUGGAUAGAGACACCAAGUGGGUCAAGUUCCUGUACGACCGCCUGCUCAAGGGCAUCCAGGAGAACGUCCCACACGUCAAGAUCAACGGAGACACCGAGCAAAGAUACUAUGGUAACCUUAAUAUAUCGUUCAGCUAUGUGGAGGGCGAGUCACUGCUAAUGGCCAUCAAGGAUGUGGCGUGCUCCAGUGGCAGCGCCUGCACUUCAGCAUCGUUGGAACCAUCCUACGUGCUUCGUUCGCUGGGUCUCGAGGAGGACAUGGCACACUCAUCCAUCCGUUUUGGCAUUGGCCGCUUCACCACCAUCGAAGAGAUCGACUAUACCAUCUCGCUGCUCAAGAAGCAAGUGCAGCGACUGCGUGACAUGAGCCCUCUGUGGGAGAUGGUCCAGGAAGGUGUGGACUUGAAAUCGAUCGAGUGGAGUCAGGUAUAA